AUGAAGGAAGAUAAAUAUGAAUCACAGGCCAAUCAAAUCAGACAGCUUUGCGAGCAAAACGGUAUGGAGGUUUACACCAAACUUAUACGUAGACUGAUCACUGGAAAUGCCCCCACUAUCUUCCCAAAUAUCAACAGACAGAUCGAAAACCCCCAUAAUUACAAGCUAUUAGUCGAAGAGGUUCACAAAGCCUCCGAGAGCACAAAUUCCGCUAAAGAUAUCGCCGAAGCGAUUGCGGGUAAUGACACGGACCUAUUUAAAGACUUCGACUUGGCUGGUUUUAUGCGGCAUUUCAACUUAGACGCACUCGGUCGAAGCGUGUUCGCACUUGGUUUCAAAAACAGUCCGAAGGCAGACCUUCGAAACAAAGCUCAUGAUAUCAUCACCAAUGCUUUCGGUGCAAUGCUAGAGAUCCUCGGUAACUCUGCCAAGCACGAGAACUGGGACCCGGCUCUAAUUGCACAAUAUCUCACCGACUACCUCUCGGAACCCCUCCCAUCUUUCUUCGACCUAAACGCUAAGCUAAACUUGUCGUACGCCGCACGCGUCAGGUUUAGUUCUUCCACCAUACCUGAAGAAAUCCAAGUGGUCACGGACUCUGUUGAAAAGUUGAGAGGGCAGGAGUCUUUAAGGCGUCUCUUCACAAUGGCUGGCUCCAAUAGCACAAAUUCUCUCGAUGCUUGUCGGGAGGUCCUCAAAAGGAAGUGGAAAGUCGAACUAAGUGAAGAAGAGGUAGCCGAGAUGCUUAUAACUAUGGCUACUGGCCUACAUCCAACUGACUGGAACCCGGAGGUUUUCGUUAAAGCAAUCUUGGAAAACAACAUUGGACCAGCGUUUGAUUGGAAUUUGUUAAUCGAUGUCCUCGAUAAACCAGAGUUCAUCAUCGAAGACCCCGAUGGUCUUUCUCUUCUUAUUAAGGGACUCCUCGUGGCAACCCAGAAAAACCCAGACCUCGAGAUUUCUAGGCUUUGGUCCGGACGGAAGAACAAUCCGAGGUCACAGUUGUCGAUAAUGAAGGCUCUUCUGAGCCGCAGAUUCGAGAGCUUCAACUUGGCCAAGGUUCCUAAUCUUCAAAAAAUUGUUUCUAUCAACGACCAGUUCCAAGAUGCGCCAGCUAAGCUUUCUGCAUUGGCUACAACCUACGAAAACCAAAAGCUGAACUCUCUUGGUGCUGUGCAAUCUCUCCUUUAUUUGGCUGUCGAUCGGUCCGUCCCGAAGGAUGUUAAAACAGAGGCCGGCGCUCUUGUAGAAAGGCAAUGGAAACUCGUUCCCGAACUUCUUCUCGUCGGGGCAUUUAUUGCGGAUAAACCUUGGGCCCAGGAGCAUGAGGGUAUAGUCAAACGACUUUUUAGUUCGUUUUUUGAAGGCUCGCCCUCCCGUCAGCUAGUCUUCUACCUUCUGUGGAGCUAUGAUAGGCUCGGUGUCAUGGAGCGCUUCAUCGAAAUAUACAGAGGCGAUAAGCUCAAGGUUACACGAAUAUUGGAAAUUGCUAAGGAGAUCCAAAUUCUAUGGGACUUGACCAAGUCGAUCGCGUAUUACGAGCUAGCUCUUGAUAUUGCCUGCCUAGCUGCGGUUUCAGACGCUCUAAACCUCGAAAAAUGGCUUACCGAAAUGUUUGCUGAGAAUGGGAAAGAUUUUAUCAGUGAGACUCUAAUUUUUCUCGAGACAAGAAGCAUAGCAGACUAUGAAUUCCAACCUUCUGAAACUGAGAAGCAAAAGAGUCAAGUCAAUCUUCAUGCUGCUGAAGUUAGCCAAAUUCUCGAGGCUUGUGAACAGUCCGAACACUCGGCUCUUGCAACCGCAGAGCAAAGAGAGUUUAUGGUGUCGGUCCAACGAAAAUGCAUCCAAUCAUACCCACGACUAAUAAAUCUUCGACAAGGCCACGACCACAUCAUACUUUCUGCGAACAGAAACAAAAAUACCUUCUCCCCUGAUGUCGAUAAGAAAAUGCAGGAUUACUAUCAGAAGAUGUACAGCGGUGAAAUCACGAUAACAACGAUGGUUAAAGACUUGCAACAUCUAAAAAAAUCCGACACUGUUCAAGAUCAGGACCUCUUCGCGUGCAUGAUACACAGUCUUUUCGACGAGUACACCUGUUAUCCGUCCUACCCUAUCGAACCGUUGGCCACUACUUCUGUCCUUUUCGGUAGCUUGAUAGAGUAUCACUUGUUGGAAGGGCUCGCCUUGAACGUUGCCCUUGGUAUGGUCUUGGACGCUGUCAAGAAACACCCUCCAAGGGACAACAUGUAUAAGUUUGGUCUCCAGGCUUUGAAGCAUUUCCAAACAAGACUACAGGAAUGGAGGGGGUUUUGUCAGCAUCUAACUACAAUACCUGGACUUCAUGAUACCGAUAUUAUGGAAAUUGCGAUGCGAGUGGUUUCGUCUGGGGAUGGACAAAACACAUUAAGCGAACCGGAACCGGAACCGGAACGCAUAGCUUUCCCAGCUCCAGGUCUAACCAAUGGGGCAGUCGAGCCCACAUUGACACCACAACCAGCAGUUGAGUUCAGGGCUCUUAGGCUCGAUCGGUCCCCUCAAGACGAGGAUUCUUACGAAGAGCCCGUUGAGCGUGUCCGAGACAAAGUCCUUUUCAUCGUGAACAACCUUACCGCCUCAAAUCUCGAUGUCAAGUUAAAAGAACUGCAAAGCACUCUCAACGAAAAAUCGUACCGUUGGUUUGCCGACUACCUCGUUGUCCAGCGCGCCCGUCUCGAGCCUAACAACCACAAACUUUAUAUCGAUUUUAUCGAAGGUCUCGGGAGUCGAAUUCUCCAUGCUGAGGUCUUACACGAAACAUACCGGAAUGCUUUCAACCUCCUUAACAAUGAAAACACUGCUCUUUUGAUCAAUGAACGCACACAUCUUAAACACCUCGCUAUCUGGCUCGGAAGUAUGACCCUCGCCAAAGAUAAGCCUAUCAAGCACAAAAUCAUUGGAUUCAAGGAGUUUUUGAUCGAAGCGUACGAUACACAGCGCCUCCUCAUCGCACUACCCUUCACCUGUAAGGUAUUAGAGCAAGCCGCUAGAUCCACGAUUUUCAGGCCUCCAAACCCUUGGACAAUGGCUAUACUUCGGCUCCUAGCAGAACUGUAUAGAUUCGCGGAGCUAAAGCUUAACCUUAAAUUCGAAAUUGAAGUCCUUUGCAAGGCCCUUGGAACCGAUAUAAAGAAUGUAGAAGCAUCUACAGACCUUCGGGAUCGCCCCCCACUCCAGGAAGAGAGUGAUACGCUAGUUGAUGGACUGGCGGACUUCGGAGGAUUGAUGUUUCCAAGGGACGAUCGUGCUGACCGCUUCUCAGAAAAUGCCAUUAACUCCCUCCUUCCCGACCUCCAUAACCAGAUCGUCAUCAACACCACUCUCAACGGUUUCGGGCAGCAUCCUAAAGUCAGGAGCAUCCUCACUGCGGCGAUAGAACGCGCGAUUAGGGAAAUAAUGUCGCCUGUUGUUGAGCGGUCGGUUACCAUCGCUGCUAUAUCAACAAGUCAACUAAUUCUCAAAGACUUUGCUACCGAGCCCAACGAAGAGAAAAUGCGUAAGGCCGCUCAUAGUAUGGUACAAACAAUGGCCGGUAGCCUUGCUCUUGUUACUUGCAAGGAACCUUUACGGAUGAGCAUGUCUAAUCAUAUACGCCAACUCCUGGCCAGCAAUGGUUACCCUGAGCAAACCUUCGCGGAUCAAGCUAUCUUAGUCAUUGUCAACGACAAUUUGGAACUCGCUUCCGCUGUGAUCGAAAGGGCCGCCCAAGAGAAGGCUAUGCCGGAAAUCGAUGACAACCUCCAGCAAGCCUAUGCAGUCCGUCGGUUACACCGCGAACGCGGUAGACAAAAUGGUGGCCAACCUUUCACCGAUCCGGCCAUAUCGCGAUAUAUGGUGUCUUUGCCAGAACCCUUCCGCCUUAAACCCGGAGGGCUUUCCCCAACCCAGCUUAAUGUUUAUGAUGACUUCUCGCGCAUGCCACGAGCUUCUAGCGAGGUCAUCGCCACCGCUCGUAUGUCCCAGGAAGUUAUCAGCGACUUUGCUCCAAUCGGCCAACCAAGUGAGGGACCAUCGCCUGUCCCACUUACCCACCAAAACCUUGCCCUCGCCCAGCAACAGCAACAACCUCAACAGCGACAAGCCCUACUACCCCCACCAUCUAUUGUAUCUCGCCCUGCUCAAAGCCCAGGCGAGAUGUUCAAGUCGACAAGGGACCGUAUGUUCGAAUUGCUCAACGAGAUAGGGGUGGUAUUGAAGGAAGUUGCGGCGGAUUCUCUUGCCGACGUUCCUGAAAGUAGUCACCUUAAGGCUUUGAUGAACGACUUUGUCCGCAUCGCUGCCGGCUCCCCUUUUAUGGACAACCUCUGCCUUACCUUAGCAAGUUACUUGUAUAAAAUAUUAUACGAACGGGCUGAAACGGCGGUCGAGGCUGAGACCUUCGUCUUCUUGUUGGAAAAGCUAUGUCAACUAUCCCAAAAUACUGCACAGGAGGUUAUGGCAACACUCGUUUCCCCGGAAAAUGAACAGUUAUUCAAUCUCCCUUUUACAAACCUUCUCAUCCGCAGCCGCCUCAUCACCCUCAGCAUGCUGGAUGUCACAAUCGCCCGUGCCAUCGAAGGCAGGAAGCCAGGUGCAAUCGAGUUUCUUUCCGGUCUCAUCAGAGAAAUAGUCCUUGGACCGGACCCCGUUGCCCUCAGGUCCGAUUUCGCUGGUAGUCUCGAUAAGCUGUUUCACUUUGUUCAACAGGAUCCCCAAAAUACUGUUGGCCGCUCUCUUCUACAAGAACUUCAGAAGUUCGAGAUGCCUCCGGCACCACCAGAAGAAGAGCAGCCACCAGAAGAAGUCACAAUUCGCGAUCAGUUAGCUUAUAUAUUUGAAGAAUGGGUUCAGCUUUGCGAUCACCCCACCACUACCGAGAAAAACUUCGCCGCAUUUAUUUCGCAACUAUACAACGAAAAAACCCUUGAAGAUCAAUCUACAUCAGCACUAUUCUUCAGAACUUGCGUUGAAACAGCCAUCGAGCAUCAUGAGAAAGAGAUCACGACCGCUGAAGAUCCUACUUUUAAUAGCGUUUACAAUCAGGUUGAUAGCUUGGCAAAGUUAAUAGUUUUACUUGCGAAGUACCAUCUUGAAACUGAAGGAGAAAGCGCAAACAAAGCAGAAUAUCUCAAGGCCAUUUUCUCCGUCAUUAUUCUUGUUUUUAAUCACCAACAUGAAGUUAUGAACGGAGCGGUUUUCAACCAAAAGGUCUUUUACAGGUUGUUCUCUAGUCUAUUAUGCGAGUGGCACGAGGUUGAGGGACAACUUGGUGAAUAUCAACGGCCAAUAAUGCUGGCUUUCUACGACUUGAUUAUGGCCCUGCAGCCAGUGUACUAUCCUGCAUUUGCGUUCGCUUGGGCUAGUCUUGUUGCGCAUCGUCUAUUUGUCCCUAAAAUGAUUGCUUUGACUGAUGACGACGGGUGGAAUCUAUAUGAGCGAGUACUAGAAAGGCUCCUCCGCUAUCUCGGUGGCCUUGUCAAGUCUCCCGAACUCAUCGAUGAAAUCCUUCACUUCUACCGUGGCAUUCUUCGGUUCCUCCUUGUCCUCCACCACGAUUUCCCCGACUUCCUGGCGGAAUAUCAUAACUCAAUAUGCGCAUCAAUCCCAACCAACUGCACUCAGCUACGCAAUCUUAUUUUGAGUGCAUUCCCAAUUGGAUCUAAGGAAUUACCCGACCCCUUCACACAUGGUCUCAAAGUUGAUAGACUACCAGAGAUUCGCAAACCGCCUAAGAUCGCUUUGCCCCAUACCUUUGGUGAACGUCUCGCCCAGCUCGAGAUCAGAGAGGCUGUCGACAGGUGCCUAAACGAAGGGCCGAAGGAGGCAGAUAUCGCACUUAUUGCAUCCAAGAUGACCCUCAAGUCUCCUGGCUUCGACAAAGUUAAUGUGGACGACUUCUCGCUUAAUAGUCUUGUCAUUUAUGUUGUUAUGCACGCGAUAUCGGUUGGAGAGAAACGGAACACAGCAGCAUUCAUACCACAUUCACCACACACCACCUUCUUAUUCGAACUUGCACAGGUCUUCAACCCAGAAGCUCGAUACUUCUUCUUAGGCGCUAUGGCCAACCAACUGCGUUACCCCAAUAGCCACACACACUUCUUUAGCUGCACUCUCCUUUCUCUAUUCGGGCAUGUUAAGGGCACUCCGCACGAACUAGAUAUUCGUCAACAGAUUACUCGUGUUCUCCUCGAGCGCCUCAUAGUCCAUAGGCCACACCCAUGGGGACUAAUCAUCACACUUCUUGAGCUCCUCAAAAACCCAAGCUAUGAGUUCUGGAACCUAAGCUUCAUUAAGGCAGCACCCGAGGUAAACAUCAACCCAGAAAUCCCGAAGACCAAAAAUAUCACUAACUCAGAACAGAUUGAGAAACUCUUCGACGCACUGUUCGCUCAUGUCAACCACAGCCCCCAGCUUUAA